AUGUCCGUGUCCCUCGUCACCUCCCUCGCCGAUUCCGGCGACGUGCCCAUGAUCACCGCUCCGGCUGAGCUUCCCUCCGUAUCGUCUGAAAUGCCUGGCUCCUCCCUUCUCCAGUUCGGCGCCUCGCCCUCCGCCGAUGCCGACUCUGCCGUUUCCGCUUCUCCCUCCGCCUCCGCCUCCUCUACCUCUCCCUCUGAGUCCGCCGAGGAAGAGCCCAACGACGGCACCUGCCAUGGACCGCCUGGCCUGAAGGGCGCUUCCUGGUUCGCCUCGGGCAAGUGGCCGGGGAUGCUGGCGCAGGACGAAGUUUCGUGCAAUUCGAACCUCAACAACGUGACGCGCGCAUGCUGCGACGAGGUCAAGGGCGAGGCCCAGAUGGGCACGGAGUGCGGCCUCAUCGUGUGCAAGGUCUCCAACAGCUCUGAGCCGGCUCUCACGUCCUGCUUCAAGAACAACGGCGCCCAGUCUGGGUGCGAGAGGCCCGCCAAGCCGAGCACGACGGCGAGCAAGAGCCCGACGUCCUCCCAGAGCUCGAACGCUGUCCGACUCGCUGCCGGUGUGGCGUUGACACUGCUCGCGAGCUCGGUAGCCCUCGGCGUGUCUUUGUAA